ACACACACACACACACACACACACACACACAGAGUCAGUGUUUAAAGAGUCAGCAGUGUGAGACUGGACUGAGCAGUAACACAGGAUUCCUGCUGAGAGAUGCAGACGUUUCUGAAAGGGAAGCGAGUGGGCUACUGGCUCAGUGAGAAGAAGAUCAAGAGGCUGAACUUCCAGAUUUUCAUCGACAUGUGCAGGAAGCAGGGCAUUGAGAUGGUUCAGCUGGAUCUGAGCAGGCGACUGGAGGAACAGGGCCCGCUGGACGCCAUCAUCCACAAACUGACGGACCACAUUGUGGAAGCUGAUCAGAACGUGAUUGAGGCUCAGAGAGUGGUGCAGAGUCUACAGGAGUACAUCGACGCCCAUCCGGAGACUGUGAUCCUGGAUCCUCUUCCUGGUAUCCGCACGCUGCUCGACCGCUUCAAGUCUUACACACUGAUUCACAAAAUGGAGGAGUGUAUAAAGGAUGAGCGGAUCUGCUCUCCUCCGUUCCUGGUGCUCAGCAGUGGGUGUGGCCCUGACAUGUUAGAUCAGCUCCGUAAGAAAGACAUCACCUUCCCCUUCAUGUGUAAGACUCAGGUAGCACACGGUGUCAACUCUCAUGAGAUGGCCAUCAUCUUCAGUGAGGAGGACCUGAAGGACAUCACGCCCCCCUGCGUGGUGCAGAGCUUCAUCAACCACAAUGCCAUGCUCUACAAGGUGUUUGUGGUGGGCGAGGCGUACAGCGUAGUGGAGAGACCCUCCAUCAGGAACUUCCCCUCCGGACCUACAGACAGAAGAGCGAUAUCAUUCAACAGUCAUCAUGUGUCCAAGCCCGAGUCAUCUUCAGACCUCACCUCUAGGGAGAACCUGGAGGGUCAGUUCAGGUCGCCCAGUGAUGAUGUCAUCCGGAAGAUUUCCAGGUAUUUGAGACAGACUCUGGGUGUGUCACUGUUCGGGAUUGACAUCAUCAUCAACAACCAGACAGGACAACAUGCCAUCAUCGACAUCAACGCCUUCCCAGGUUAUGAAGGAGUCCCGACGUUCUUCGAUAACCUCCUGGCUCACCUGACCAGCAUCCUACAGGGUCCCGCCCCCCUCCGGGCCAAUGGAUUGAGCCAGCUGCCCUGUGGCAUGCUGGGAAACGAGAGCGUCAGCUGGGUGACGGAGAGUGAGGUGAUGAAGAAGGGAAGUCAUCAGACUCUAAACUGCUGCAACGCCGAACUGGGGUCCUCCUACCACCAGCACCGGCGUUCUCCGCUCGCAGCUCACGCCCCCACCCAGUGACCCUGCGGAACCACUUCCUGAACACUCGCAUCACUACCUGUAGUGCCUGUAUACAUGUAAUGACAAAAGAUCUACUGAUUGUGGAAGAGUUAAAGAACAAAUCAAUGUUAAAGCCAAGUGAUUUAGCUGCUCUGCUUUUUUUUAGAACCGUAAAGUGCCUUAAGGUGGCGUGAGGAAAUUAGGGAAUGUACACAUUUAGAGGAGACAGCUGUUUAAGGAGUAAAAAAAAAUUUCCACACAGAAAAUGUGCUCGAUCUUUUCAGCAACAAAAACAAAACAGCUCCCAUGAUGCACCCUUGAUCUUUUUAUUAGUAAUCAUCUACGCUUCAUUAGUAAUACAAUUGUAAUUAGUAUAAGCUAAGUAGCUAUUUAAUUAAUACUGGUAAUAAUAAUAAUAAUAAACACUCACUCACUCGCUAUAGAGAUAAUCCUGUACAAAGUCGCUUGGGGCCUGGAGCCUAUCUCCAGGGGGGGACUCUGGCCCGAGGCAGGGUGCCAAUCCGUCACAAGCAAACACACUUACUACAGGCAAUUUGAGAAUGCAGAUUAGUCUACUCUCCAUGUCUUGAAAACUCACCAAGGAUGGGAAAAACAUGCAAACUCCAAACAGAUAGAUCCUGGACUUGAGAGGCCACAGUGCUAACCGCUACACCACCAUAAACUUUCUUUUGGCUGCUGCCAUCAAAGGGUCACCACAGUGGACCAUCGAAUGAGCACACAAACUUGGCAAACGUUUUACUUCAGAUGACCUUCGUAACACAAUCCUUCCAUUUUUGUAACUGGGCUUGGGACCAGAACUGCAUGCAGUGGCUGGGUAGUAUGGGGUAUGGCAACCCACCAGCGGCAGGACUCAAUCCUGGAUCUUCAUAUUGUGAAAUCAACAACCGUCCAGCCUAAUCAUAAACAAGAGAUAUCAUUUUCGGUAAUUAGUCUAAAUAUGGGCAAAACCUUGAACUUAAAGAUGUCACUUUACACCCUCAGGGUUGGGUGUUCGAAUCUUACCUUGAGAUCUGUGUGUGUAUAUGUGGAGUUUGCAUAAUAUUCCCAUUGUUGUUGGGUUUCCUUGGGUUGCUCCAUCCAAAGACAUGUACUGUAGGCCACUGUAGUGGUGUUCCUGAAUUGCUCGUAGUAUAUGAUUGUGCCCUGCAAUAUGAUGGCAUCAACCAACCAUUACCUCCAUUGCACUGUUCCCUAAGUUCACUGAGAUAGGUUCCAGUCCCUACACAACCCCACACAGGAUGAGUGCUAUAGAUGAUAGAUGGAUGGAUUCUAACUAUAAUGAUGAUGAUGAUCGUCUUUAAUUUUUUGUUGCAUCACCUCCUCCUUCGCUGUAUCUAUACGGUCAACAUUUGCCUAAUAAGUCAAUAGACCUACAAACACCACAAUACACUGAGAACAAGAAAGCUUUCUGCUCACUCCUGUUAUAACAUGGCUGCUAGUACAAUUUUAUUUAUGAUUGUUUGAAAUGUAUUUAAGGAAGACCAACCACCUGAGCGUUACCUCGCAACCCAUAUUCUCCAACGCACCACUAUUCUUGCUUCUUUAGCAGCUGGACCAGGAGACUACAUCUCCAGGAUUAUGACAUGUUUAAGAUUAGAAGACUUGUAUCUGGAUUUUGGGUGCAUCCUCUGCCUUUCAGACUACCCAUGCCCACUUGCAUGAUGAGCAGCAUGAGCAUUAUUUGGCUAAGCUGUAUGCUUUGCUAGCUGGCUCAGUUUCUUAGAGGAAAGUUUGAUUUCCAUCUCUCUUUUUUUAACUUAAGUGCUGUAUGUGCUGUAAUCAGCGAGAAAAUUGCACUCAACGAUGGCUAUGAAAACAGUAGUUAGCGCUGCUGUUUUGACUGUUUUACCUUCAGCCUAUCAUCUACAAGGGGUGUUCAAGUCAAAGCAGGACUUUUUGUUGUAUAGAAUAACAGAACACAGUUCUGAGAGUAACUCCCUUUAUUUCUCUAUAUAAUCUCCUGCUACACUAUGCUACUACUCAUCCCAGUGUUUCAGUAGUGCUUGAAGACCAUCAAGGUAGACAGUUUUCCCAGUACGCUGGAGCCAUGAUCAGAAACACUGGCCUUCCAGGAACUCCUUUAAUGUCCCACACAUGUGGAAACGGUUCGGAGCAAGGUCAGGAUUGUACGGGGCAUGUGGCAAUAAUGUGCAAGUGGUGUUGGUGAAUGAUUGUGUGUACGUCCGCAUGUUGAUUUUUUAACGGGAUCAGGCGUUCCACUCGAUGUUCACAGAACGACUGCAGUGGUCACCGUUCUUUAAAACGUUCGCACCAUUCAAAUGUUUUACUGUGACUAAGAUUCUCAACACUGUACUGUGCUCGACGUCUUCUGGAAAUGUCGAUCGCUUUUAUUCACGAGAAAUAACAUCAAAGUCCCGGUUUGACUUGAACUCAUUUGACUUGAGACAUGAAUUAUUGAAUAAAUGAGGUGUAGAAAAGAUCUUGAAUUAAUUUAUAAUGUACAUGUAUUUUAUUUCAAUCAAAAUGUGUGUGUAUUGUAAGUAAAUCCUGUUCUAGCUUACCUCAUGUCCCACAGGAUCAUACUUCACCAGUUACACACUCACAUAUAGAGAUAUUCGGGGAACUUUACCCAUACAGAGAAACUCCUUGGCACUGUGUUACACCCCCAAUACAGUGUGUACAGGGUGACAUGUUGUAUAAUUGAUCAACUGAUUAUAAAUUGAUAAUGAGUUAGUUUGCUAAUUUAUACUGUAACAUUUGUCUUCCCUACACUGUCACUUUGUAAUAAUUGUGACAUAAUUGUGAUAAUGUGUGUGUGUGUUUGUGUGUGUGUGUGUGUGUGUGUAUAGAAGACAAUCAGAAUCACCACUUACACCCGGUCUUUAUUCUUAUAGGGCUUUAAAAAUGUAAAUAUGAAAAUAUGCAGAUUCUUAAUAAGGGUGUGUAAUUGAGUCUCUGUGUGGGUGUGGGUGUGUGUGGGUGUGUGUUAUAUUUGUACAUACUGUACACACUGUUUAUAUUUGUGUAUAUGUUGUUGUGCUGCAUUUAUAGAAGAGACAAGAUGUCAUAUGAAAUGAAACGGGUGUGAAGAAUAAACACUAGAGUUUAUAAAUAAAACCCUGUUGUGUGUGUUUGAUCUGUUUUCAUUAGUUUAAUCCACCAAACCUCACAUCUGUCUAUUUGUUCCUGUUUAUUUACCUUUUCGCUAGUUUUCAUGUUAUAUCCAUCACAUGCACACCUCUGCUCCACCACCAGAGGGCACCCUACACUGAAUUCAAUACACUUCCUGUUUCCAGUUGAGGAAGUUAUAAAGCACUCUUAUUCCAACUAAUCUUUGAUCUCACUGAGUCUUCACAUCAUGUAGGAC